CUGCUAUAAAUUGUCCGCCGCUAAGUUUCUAGGGUUUGGAAGGGAUACGGCCAUCAAUACACGAAAAAAUGUCAGUGGAUGCUGCAAUGGAUGGCCUCAGCCUCCGCGACACCGUGGAGGAGGCGCAAUUCUCUCAACGUGUUCCAAUACAAUCCAUACUCGGCCGGCCGGACAAGGGCGGCGGGCUGGCGGGGCAGAAGGUCCGUAUUGGGGGAUGGGUGAAGACCGGGAGGGAGGCCGAUAAGGGCAGAUUUGCGUUUUUGGAAGUUAACGACGGGUCUUGCCCGGGGAACCUGCAGGUGAUUGUAAAGGCGGAGCUUUACAAGUUAAGCGACGUCGUUUCCACCGGCACGUGCAUCCACGUGGAGGGAUUGCUGAAAUCGCCGCCGGAAGGCGUGAAGCAAAAGAUUGAACUGGAGGUGGAGAAGGUUAUCGAUGUGGGGACUGUAGAUGCGGCGAAGUAUCCGUUGCCUAAGACGAAAUUGACGCUCGAGUUUCUCAGGGAUGUUGUGCACCUGCGCUCCAGGACUAACACUAUUUCUGCAGCUGCUAGAAUUCGCAAUGCCUUGGCAUAUGCUACCCACACAUUCUUCCAAAAGCAUGGUUUCCUUUAUGUGCAUACUCCUAUUAUCACAACCAGUGAUUGUGAAGGUGCAGGGGAGAUGUUUCAAGUUACAACAAUACUUAAUGAUGCCGAAAAAUUGGAAAAAGAUCUGAAUGAGAACCCCCCUCCUUCUGAAAGUGACAUAGAGGUUGCUGAGCUUGCUAUCAAAGAGAAAGGGGAAGCAGUUGCUAAGCUAAAAUCUGCUAAGGCCAACAAAUCGGAAAUUGUUGCUGCUGUCGGUGAGCUAAACAAGGCUAAAGAAAACCUCAAUAAGCUACAGGAGAGAUGCAAGCUGGCAGAGAGAUGUAAGCUUAGUGGUGGCAUUCCUAAGAAAGAUGGGAAAAUUGAUUAUACUGAGGACUUCUUUGCAAGGCAGGCGUUUUUGACUGUAUCAGGGCAGCUGCAGGUUGAGACAUAUGCUUGUGCACUCAGUAGUGUUUAUACAUUUGGACCUACAUUUCGAGCAGAGAACUCCCAUACUUCGAGGCAUCUAGCUGAAUUUUGGAUGGUGGAACCUGAAUUAGCGUUUGCUGACCUACAGGAUGAUAUGAACUGUGCAGAGGCAUACGUGCGAUUUCUUUGUCAGUGGUUGCUUGACAACUGCUAUGAAGAUAUGGAGUUUAUGACCAAAUUUAUCGACAAGGGUGCUCUGCAACGACUUCAGAUGGUUGCAAAAUCCAAGUUCAUCAGAAUAACAUAUACUGAAGCUAUUGCCAUUCUAGAGGAAGCAGCCAAAGUAAAGAAAUUUGAGAAUAAUGUUGAAUGGGGAAUAGAUCUAGCUUCAGAACAUGAAAGAUUCUUGACUGAAGAGAAAUUUAAAUCUCCAGUUAUCGUCUAUAAUUAUCCAAAACAAAUUAAAGCCUUCUAUAUGAAGCUGAAUGAAGACAACAAAACUGUUGCUGCCAUGGAUGUGCUUGUCCCAAAGGUGGGUGAGCUUGUUGGUGGAAGCCAAAGAGAAGAGAAUUAUGACAUUCUCAAGCAAAGGAUAUCGGAGAUUGGUCUUCCCCUGGAGCCUUAUGAGUGGUAUCUUGACCUGCGGAGGUAUGGGACUGUGAAGCACAGCGGUUUUGGGCUUGGAUUUGAACGGAUGAUUCUUUUUGCAACUGGCAUGGAAAACAUUCGGGACGUCAUUCCCUUCCCAAGAUACCCUGGAAGAGCAGAUCUUUAAUCCCAAGGAUAUCGUUUUAUGGAAUCUAAAGUUUAUGGUGGUGUUUCGGUAGAUAUCCUAUUUAUAGAAUGAAUGAAUAGAGAAAUCGGUUAUCAGUCUUACACUUUUGAUUGCUUUACCAUGUCGGUGCAUUUUAAAACUUGAAUUUUAUUUAUUUCAAUUCAAGGAUGGAUUUAAGGAGUUUUAGUACAAAUUCGGCA